ACGGCGGCGGCGCCGGGGCCGGGGCCUGGGCCGAGCCCGGCCCGAGGCGCUGCUGAGGGGCUCCUCUCGUCGUCCCUGCCCGCCUCCCUCUUCCGCACGGUGCAUAGAGUUAAGGAUCCACAAAUAGCCAUGGAUAGAAGAGGUGUGGGAGAAACGGAAAAUGGUGAAGCCUUCCUUGACCUGAAGAAGCUACCAGCAUCAAAAUCCCCACAUCGUUACACAAAAGAGGAACUUUUGGACAUAAAAGAACGCCCUCACUCUAAACAGAGGCCUUCGUGCCUUUCUGAAAAGUAUGACAGUGAUGGCGUCUGGGAUCCUGAGAAGUGGCAUGCGUCUCUUUACCCAACCUCAGGGCGAAGUUCUCCAGUAGAAAGCUUCAAGAAAGAGCUGGACUUGGAGCGGCCUCCUCUGAUGCGGAGGACAGCAGAUCCAAGAGAGCGGGUAAAAGAAGAUGAUUUAGAUGUUGUUCUAAGUCCCCAGAGACGCAGUUUUGGAGGGGGAUGUCAUGUCACAACCUCCGUCAGCUCCCGGAGAUCAGGGAGCCCGUUGGAAAAGGACAGCGACGGCGUCCGAAUGAUUGGAGGCCGGAGGAUUGGCAGUGGAAGGAUCAUCUCUUACAAAGACCACCGCAGUGGGGAUAAAGACUUAAGGGACUGUAGAGACUCUAGAGACCGGGAGAGAGACUACAAGGACAAGCGUUUCCGGAGAGAAUUUGGGGACAGCAAACGUGUCUUUGGAGAGCGCAGGAGAAAUGAUUCCUACACAGAAGAGGAGCCUGAGUGGUUUUCAGCUGGACCCACAAGUCAAUCCGAGACCAUUGAGCUCACUGGUUUUGAUGACAAGAUUCUAGAAGAAGAUCACAAAGGGCGAAAAAGAACUCGCCGACGCGCCCUGUCUGUGAAGGAAGGAAUAGUUUCAGAAUUCAAUGGAGGCGUUGCGGAAGAGGAUGAAGUGGAGGUCAUUCUUACCCACGAGCCCGCUGCAGAUCAGGAAGUGCCCAGGGAAGCAGUGCUGCCUGAACAGUCGCCAGGAGAAUUUGAUUUUAAUGAGUUCUUUAACCUUGAUAAGGUGCCAGGCCUGGCCUCGAUGAUAGAAGAUGUCCUAGGAGAAGGCUCCGUCUCCGCUAGCAGAUUUAGCAGGUGGUUUUCAAAUCCCAGUCGAUCGGGAAGUCGCUCUAGCAGCCUUGGGUCAACACCCCAUGAGGAAUUGGAGAAACUUGCAGGUUUGGAACAAGCGAUUCUGUCUCCAGGCCAGAACUCAGGAAAUUACUUUGCUCCUAUACCAUUGGAGGACCAUGCUGAAAACAAAGUGGACAUUCUAGAGAUGCUUCAGAAGGCCAAAGUGGACCUAAAGCCACUCCUUUCCAGUCUUUCUGCCAACAAGGAAAAGCUGAAAGAGAGUUCGCACUCAGGGGUUGUGCUCUCGGUGGAAGAGGUGGAAGCCGGGCUGAAAGGCCUGCGGGUGGACCAGCAAGGGAAGGGUGGCCCACCCUUCCUGCCUGAGCGCUCGGAGGAGGCCCUGAGUGCCGGGGCCAGCUCCCGACCGCUGGCGAAAGACAGCGACAUGUCUGCCUUUAACAAGCUAGUGAGCACCAUGAAGGCAAGCGGCACUCUGCCUUCCCAGCCCAAAGUCAAUCGAAACCUUGAAAGCCAUUUGAUGUCCCAUGCUGAGAUUCCAGGGCAGCCUCUCCCUAAGAACAUCUUACAGGAGCUUCUGGGUCCACCAGUUACGAGACCUGCUUCUUCUCAUCUCCUGAGUGGCCUUAUGGGGAGCCUGGAGCCGACAGCAUCGUUACUAGGCCAGAGAGCCCCCUCUCCUCCCAUUUCACAGGUGUUUCCAACUCGAGCCGCCUCAGCAGACUACCUGCGCCCGAGGAUACCCUCACCCAUUGGUUUUGGACCCAGUUCUCAGCAGUUGCUUGGAGAUCCCUUUCAUGGAAUGCAGAAAACAAUGAGCCCAGUUGCACAGGUGAGCCCACUGGAGCUGCAGCACCCGGCCCUGGAGGGCCUCAGCCUGCCCCACGAGCUGGCCAUGCAGGCGGCCAGCUUUUACCAGCCCAGCUUCGGCAAGCCCCAGAUGGACAAAACCAGAGAUGGCUUUAGGAAUAGGCAGCAGCGUGUGGCCAAAUCGCCAGCCCCCGUACACCGAGGGAGCUCUGCGUCUCCGGCUCCUGCCGCUGCUGUCACGAGCAUGCUGUCUCCCUCCUUCACUCCUACCUCAGUGAUACGCAGGAUGUAUGAAAGCAAAGAGAGGAACAAAGAAGACCCCAUUUCUGGAAAGCCAACCAGCGAUGGUAAAGAAGAAGGCCAGAGGGCGAAUGAAGAGAACCUUCUGUUGAGUUCCAUGGCAAAUCCAGACCGUGACACUUCCCCUCCCAUGAAUCCGAAACUGUCCACGCUGCAGCGAUCGACAUCUUCCAUCCCCUUGCCCCAGACCAGCCGCUUCACCAAAGAACAGGACUAUCGGCCUAAGGCAGCAGGCAGAAAGACCCCCACGCUGGCCUCCCCAGUGCCUGGGGCGCCUUUCCUCCGUCCUGUCCACCAGGUCCCACUCGUCUCCCAUGUUCCAAUUGUCCGGCCUGCUCAUCAGUUUCACCCAGGACUGGUCCAAAGGAUGCUAGCCCAGGGGGUCCAUCCUCAGCAUCUUCCAUCUCUGCUCCAAGCUGGCAUGCUUCCUCCUGGGAUGGACUUGUCUCAUUUGCAGGGAAUCUCCGGCCCUCUCCUAGGGCAGCCCUUUUACCCCCUCCCUGCGGCCAGUCACCCCCUCUUGACCCCUCGCUCAGGGACGCCUUUGCAGCUUGCAGUGAUGCAGCAGCAGCUGCAGCGGUCAGUCCUCCAUCCCCCAGGCUCUGGCUCGCAGGGAACAGCCAUUGGUGUUCAGGCGCCCCCCCAGAACCUGUCGGGCCGGCCGGGCCUGCCCCACAUUCCCCCGCAACUGGAGCACCGCCCCAGCCAGAGGAGCACCUCCCCCGUGGGCCUGGCCAAGUGGUUCGGCUCAGACGUGCUGCAGCAGCCCCUGCCCUCGAUGCCUUCCAAAGUCAUCAGCGUGGAUGAGCUGGAGUACAGGCAGUGAAGCUGGGCCUGGUGAGGGGCAGCGGGCACCACGGAUGCCUGGGCUCCUGUCCGGGGCUCCAGGCAGCACUGGCUGUUUCCCAGCCUGUUGGGGCACGCUCUGCCCCGCUUUCCGAGAACCUUUGGCGAGCCAGCAUGGUCGGGGAGCGGAGCCUCUGGCGAGCUGUAGCUGGACGGCCCGGCCUGGCCUCUGGCCUGCUGAGCCCUCUUGUCUUCGUUUUUGGUGUUUUGGUUUUUUUUUUUUGUUUGUUUUUUUUGUAAGAUAUGUGAAUGAAGUGCAGGUGGCCUCCCCGGGAGGCAGCGCCUAAGGGUUUCUUCUGCAGAAUAAAUGUAUAGACCCUCGUGUACAGACUUGUGUAUAAACCCCUUUUGUACAUACCCACGGGAUGGCUUUUUUGGAACUUGAGCUGUACAUAAAAGUAGCUGGACUUCCUCCAUUAAGCUUUACUUAUGUCUACACUUCGGAAUUUUUCAUUUAUUGUACAUCCGGGACUUUUUCUUUUCCUUUUUUUUGUUUGUUUGAUUAAAGUUGCAUAUGCCAAGUGUGUGAGUGGAAUGAAUGAAGCUGCCCUGCCUCCUCCUCCCCCCCUACCCCACUCUUCCUCAGACUCCCAGUCACUUCAAAGAGUGACUGAGAGAGAAGAGGAGCCGAUUACGUCAGUCUUAAGCCCACCCCACCCCCUGAAGCCUCUUCACUGGAGGUCAGCCAAGAAUGGAGCCGAGCCUGGCAUUGAGGGCUGGGGGUGGUCUUUGGAGGGUCACUUUGUGAUGAGUGGCUGUCCUUGCCUCCUCUCUCUCUGCCUGUCCUGGCCCUCCCCCGGCGCAGAGUCAUGGUAGAUGGCUAGCUGGGGCACGUACCUGGAAGCAGUUCCGGUGCCCCAAGAAUCCCUUGAUGGGACAAACCCUGGCAUAAGCUGCUGUGACUUGAGCUGUUUCUCUCAUCUCCCGAUGGCCCGUGGGGAAUGGUGGGCGUUGCUAGCCCUGCUCUUGCAGAAGGUGCCCCAGCCCCUUUUUAGUAUUAAAAAGAAAACAAGCUAGUGCCGUAGAAUAACGUGCCACUGACCCCUGUGUGCUGUGCAGUCUCCAAGCUCGUGUGUGUAAGACUGUUUUCCUUUCCUCAUUGUCUGUAAAUAAAGUCAGUUCUACCAGC